AUGCCCGGACCCCUAGCCAUUCGACACUACACUCGGCUCUCGACAGACUUCGAUACGGGCGAUCAAGACGGACGCGGCGGACCGUCUAUCCCACAGCGCAAGCAGAGUUUCAGCGGGGCGAGGACGCGCCCGAGAGCCGAUACGGCAGGCGCGACAAUUGUCGAAGGCAACGAAGCGGGUGCCGGUGCCGAUAUCGGCGCGACGUCCAAGGCGCUCAUCCUCCUCGUGGGACACGUCGGCGGUGUAUUCUGCCUGAUCGCCAUCCUGGUCCUCCUCGUCGUCCCACGCCUACGCUGGAUCGAUGCGAGCUGGACCGUCUACUUCCGCGGCGCCCUGACCACCCUCACGGGUCUGACGGGGAGCGUCAGUUGCCACAAGGUCACUGCUACCGUCGCCGUCUCCUCGCUCCCCACCCUCCCGCCUGUCGCCACAUCCUCGCAUCCCCCCAACGUCGGUGUCUCGCGCUACGAUGCCGCGAGGAGCAAGUACGAGGGCACGACGAGACGACCAACGACGAUGACGACGGCGCCGGCGGUGUCGGACCUCAAGAUCCAGUCCGCCCUGUCUUCGCACAGCUUUACCGCGUUCCCCUCUCCCUCCUCGGCAGCAGGGGAGGGAGGGGGAGGUCGAGACCUGGCCUACUACCUGCUGGGCUACACGGAGAUCAUCUGCAGCGCCGCGGCCGUCUUCCUCGCCACCCUCACCUUUACCGAUCCCACGACGCCUCAAGACUGGGAUGCGCGCGGGGCGAGGGUCGAGUGGAAGGACGCGUACGGCUUCGGCCUGCUCGCCAUCUGCACCGCGUGGAUCCUCGCCCUCGCGCUGCACGCCUACGUCGUCGUGCGCUUCAGACACACCCUCGCCUUUCUUCACGACCAGACUCGUCAGGCGACCAGAGCCAGCGUUGACAUGCUCACCUCGAUGGCCGGCCCAUCAACGCCUUGGUAG